ACAAAAAGCGAUAAGAGCCGCCAAAAGGGCUCCAAAAAGGUGGGUUUGGCUUGUUGUCUAGAUCUGUGCUACGAUUGGCUCUCAUCGUUGUCCUAUCAGCGAGUAAACAGUUCGACUGUUAGCUAUAUAUACUGUUAGCCGCAGCUAUUAGUAUUGCAGAUUUCUGUAGGUCGUCUAUCAACAUUUGAAACAUGAGUGGAAGAGGCAAAACCGGAGGCAAGGCUAGGGCCAAGGCGAAGACUCGCUCCUCUAGGGCCGGACUUCAGUUCCCAGUGGGCCGUGUGCACAGACUGCUGCGUAAGGGCAACUAUGCUCAGCGCGUUGGCGCUGGUGCUCCAGUCUACUUGGCAGCUGUGCUAGAGUAUCUGACCGCUGAGAUCUUGGAGUUGGCCGGCAACGCUGCCCGUGACAACAAGAAGACUCGUAUCAUUCCCCGCCAUCUGCAGCUGGCUGUCCGCAACGACGAGGAGUUGAACAAGCUGCUCGGUGGUGUGACCAUCGCUCAGGGCGGUGUGCUGCCUAACAUCCAGGCUGUGCUGCUGCCCAAGAAGACUGAGAAGUCAAAGUAAAUCGCUGUCUUUCACAAAAAACCAAAGGCUCUUUUAAGAGCCAACCAUAACUAUCUUCAAAAAGCAGAACACCCAAAUGUUAAAUAAUCUGACAUUUUUGUCAUUUACGACUCAUCUUAAAGAGCCUGUUCAUUUGGCUCCGCUCAGUCCGCAAUGAGGGUAACUUCACAUCCUGUAUUGGCUGUUCCUUCUAACUCCGGUUAUGUAACGUUAAACGGGUAAACUAUUAUGUCCAGCGUCCUCAAACACUGUUGAUACA